UUAUUUUGGACGGAAUGUUGUCGACUAUCCAUCUUACUUUCCUCACUGCAAAUGCAAGUGGUCUACCAACAUACAUGGCAAUACGUUUGUAAGUCUGCCAAAGCGCCAUUUUGGUUUCAUGACAUUUACGUCAUUCUUACGGCUUUCGCAGAAGUGUGUUGAUUGGUUGAAACUCGUUGGUUUUGGUUGGAUAACAGCAGAACAGGUAGAGAGGGUUGCUUCUCCAGGGUAGGCGAGGAUAUUAAACAAAGAACACAAACUGGAAGGGCUCAGCAGUGCCUGGGCGCCCAGGGAGCCACUGCCUGAGUCUGUGGAGGCGGUUUCGAGGCAACGAGUGGACAUGAACGCGACGAAAGGAGGCCUGGUCAUCUUCUCCGCCAACUCAAACCCCGCCAGUCGGGAGUUGGGCAAGAGGAUUUCAGAACGGCUGGGGGUGGAGCUGGGGAAGGUGCAGGUGUAUCAGGAGGCCAACAGAGAAACACGGGUACAGAUUCAAGAGUCGGUUCGAGGAAAGGAUGUCUUCAUCAUCCAGACAGUGUCCAAGGAUGUCAACACCACCAUCAUGGAACUCCUCAUCAUGGUGUAUGCCUGUCGGACAUCCUGCGCAAGGAACAUCAUCGGCGUCAUCCCCUACUUCCCCUAUAGCAAGCAGUGCAAGAUGAGGAAGAGGGGCUCCAUUGUCUCCAAGCUGCUGGCCUCUAUGAUGUGCAAAGCAGGCCUCACCCAUCUCAUCACCAUGGAUCUGCACCAGAAGGAGAUCCAGGGCUUCUUCAACAUUCCUGUGGACAACCUGCGUGCAUCUCCUUUUCUCCUACAGUACAUCCAGGAGGAGAUUCCUGACUACAGAAACGCUGUCAUCGUGGCCAAGUCUCCAGCCUCGGCCAAGAGGGCGCAGUCGUUUGCAGAGAGGCUACGGCUGGGCAUCGCGGUCAUCCACGGAGAGGCGCAGGACGCCGAGUCGGACCUUGUGGACGGCCGGCACUCUCCUCCAACGGUCAAAAACGUCGGGGCCAUUCAUCCCAGCCUAGAAAUCCCACUGCUGAUCCCCAAAGAGAAGCCUCCAAUUACAGUGGUGGGAGAUGUAGGUGGGCGCAUCGCCAUCAUCGUGGAUGACAUCAUCGAUGAUGUGGACAGCUUCCUGGCCGCAGCAGAGACUUUAAAGGAGCGGGGGGCCUACAAAAUAUUUGUCAUGGCGACGCACGGCAUUCUGUCGUCAGAUGCGCCGCGCCUCAUUGAGGAGUCCGCAAUCGAUGAGGUGGUUGUGACCAACACCAUCCCCCAUGAGAUUCAGAAGCUGCAGUGUCCAAAGAUCAAGACAGUGGACAUCAGCAUGAUCCUGUCCGAGGCCAUCCGCCGCAUCCACAACGGAGAGUCCAUGUCGUACCUUUUCCGCAACAUCGGCAUGGACGACUGACAGAAGCUCUCUAGCAGGCAUCCCAAAACCCAACCACCCACCCACCUCCUCCGAACUGCCAGACAAAUUGUGUGCGCAGAGGUCAAGGCUUUACCCAUCAUGCACCUCUCAUUCAGAUUAAUUAUGUGCUGCAGGGUCAAUGCUUGUAUGUCUUAACCAUUAUUAUAUUGUUUUUGUUUUUUGUAUGUUUUGAUUUUUAGUUCUAGCUAACUUAAAAUGUGUCUGUGUGCUAAGCGGACAGGUCAAAACUUAGUAGCAUGUAUGACAGUUUUUGGCGAGCACUAGGAUAGACGAGCUCACAGUCGUAAUGCAGUGCAAGAUUGCAGAUGGUUACACUUGAACAGAAAUAUUUCACAUCAGCUUAUUUAUUUUAAACUAGCCCGCCCCGCCCCACCCCAACCCCCCACCCCCGAUGUCACACACUCUUCACAAUGCCUUUAACUUGUACAAUGGGCGAUUAGCCACUGGAUUUCUGUUGGCCAUCUCGACUCUGCAAGCGCUCAUUUCUUUUUGCGUUUGACCGAUAGUGAAAUAUGUUACAGCAACUGGGCACUCAGGCUCUGUGCAUUCCACCCUCCGAGGGACUGUGCGUGUGCGCUAUAGCAUUUCUUCAGUCACACUUUGGUGUAGUGUACCGUAGUGACCAUGACCAACGAUAGUGCAUACAGUAUUGUGCUGCUGCCAUAUGCCAGUCUUGGGUGUCAAUACCUUCAUAUCUUUCAGUGUAAUAAUGGUGCCACAAUAUGUUUUUGUUAUGUGAUAAUGUGGAAGCAGGCUGGAGCUGCACUUAAAAAAAGUUGAAAUAACUGUUUAAUAUUAAGACAGUUUGGGAAAUAACUGUCAAAAGAUGCAUAAACUAUAUGAUCACUGCUUUAAGUGAAA